GAACCCGGCCGGCAGCCUCGGCUCCAGACGCGGCCGCCCCGGGCACGCAGAUGCCAAGGCCUCUCCGGCCAGGGUAGGCACCCGGGCCGGCCUAGCCAGCUGUGUGAGCCUCAUGGGCUCGGCCGGCCGCUGAGCCCCACCAUGGGCAACUUGUACUCUGAGUACCUGAAUCCCAGCAAGGUCCUGGAGCACUACAACUACACCAAGGAGACGCUGGACACGCAGGAGACGCCCUCACGCCAGGUGGCCUCGGCGUUCAUCGUCCUCCUGUGCUGCGCCAUCGUCCUGGAGAACCUGCUGGUGCUCAUCGCCGUGGCUCGCAACAGCAAGUUCCACUCGGCCAUGUACCUGUUCCUGGGCAACCUGGCUGCCUCCGACCUCCUGGCCGGCGUGGCCUUCGUGGCCAACACCUUGCUGUCCGGCUCCGUCACGCUGGGGCUGACGCCCGUGCAGUGGUUCGCGCGCGAGGGCUCCGCCUUCAUCACUCUCUCUGCCUCCGUCUUCAGCCUCCUGGCCAUCGCCAUUGAGCGGCAGGUGGCCAUCGCCAAGGUCAAGCUCUACGGCAGCGACAAGAGCUGCCGCAUGCUGCUGCUCAUCGGGGCCUCGUGGUUCAUCUCGCUGGUCCUCGGCGGCCUGCCCAUCCUCGGCUGGAACUGUCUGGGCCAGCUGGAGACCUGCUCCACCGUCCUGCCGCUCUACGCCAAAGCCUACGUCCUCUGCGUCGUGACCAUCUUCUCGGUCAUCCUGCUGGCCAUUGUGGCGCUGUAUGUGCGCAUCUACUGCGUGGUCCGCUCCAGCCACGCCGACGUGGCCGGCCCGCAGACGCUGGCCUUGCUCAAGACUGUCACCAUCGUCUUGGGCGUCUUCAUCGUGUGCUGGCUGCCGGCCUUUAGCAUCCUCCUCCUGGACUACGCCUGUCCCGUCCGGGCCUGUCCCGUCCUCUACAAGGCCCAGUACUUCUUCGCCUUCGCCACCCUCAACUCGCUACUCAACCCCGUCAUCUACACGUGGCGCAGCCGGGACCUGCGGCGGGAGGUGCUGCGGCCACUGCGAUGCUGGCGGCGGGCGGCCGGGGGGCCGGGCCGGCGGCGGAGCGGGACCCCGGGCCACCACCUCCUGCCGCUCCGCAGCUCCAGCUCCCUGGAGAGGGGCGUGCACAUGCCCACGUCGCCCACGUAUUUGGAGGGCAACACGGUGGUCUGAGGGGGCCGCCCUGGGUGACCUCAGACAGAAACGGGGCGAGGGGGGGCUGCCAGAUAAGCCAUGCCCCAUGCGCCCCCUCCCUCCCACGUUGCAGACUCCCGCACAGCACUUGGCAGGUGGCGGCUCUGCAGGUGGGGUCCUGGAGUGUGACCCCAGGGUGGGAGAAGGACCCAUACAGGGCCAGGGUGACAGCAGGCGGGCGCACGGUUCACCACUCGGUACGGAGGAUUUCAACAUUUCCCAACCGUCGGAGCGGCCACCUGUGCAGCAGCUCCCCUGUCUGGAUUUCCCCCUCCUGCCACUCCUUUGCAGCCGCUGUCCCCAGGAUGCGCGGGAGCUCCCUAGAUGUCACUAGCUGCCACUUCUCCCCUUUCCCCUCCGAUGCCACUGGCUAUGUGGAGUUGGCGGGGAGGGGACCGGGGCUAUGCCUCAUUCCCUGUUCUCGGACCUCAUUGGUUCAUUUGCACUAUCUGGGGUGCAGAAGAAUUACCAAGGGCUGGAAAAACCAGUUUGAAGAGGCUUUGGAGGGCUUCGGGCCUCUGGGCGGGGUAGGGUGGAACUUGAGAAGAAUGGGGGUGGGAGAGAUGUUUGUACAGGACCCUCACCCCCAAACAGCCAUCCCCCCACCCCCGGAGGUGCCCGCCUCCACACCUUCUACCCAACCCAGGUACCAGAUCCCCCAAAGGCAGGGCAGCCUUGAGCCCGCUGUGCCUCCUUACAAGGGGGUGGGGUCACGGCCAAGGAUGUCUCCUGGGGACGCUGUUCCCCUCACCUGCCCCGGCAGGACUUGGCUAAAUCCUGUGGAUGGAUGGAAGGGAUGUUGCGGUACAAAUAUAUUUAUGUGCGUCCGUGUGUGUGUCUGUGUGUGUGCGUGUGUGUGUACACACGCGAGUGCGUGUGCCCGUGCAUAGCAUCUGUGACCUCGCCCCGCCAUGUGUCCCUGCAGCAUGGAUGCUGUCCCGUCUCCCCUCCGUGUCCAUGUCCCUGAUAUAGCGGCCAAAGCAAGGGGUCUGGCCCUGCCCAGCCUCUCGGGGAACUGCCGGUUUAUCUCCCCUCUUGAGAGCCGGCCUCGCGGCUGCUCGACUCGAACCUCCAGAAUGCAAAGGCUGCGUGUGGGAGGGGAUGCGGGGUGGGGGGGGGCAAAGAGCCAACUGGGGGAGACUUACCCCGCCCCAGACAGCUCCCCAGACUCCCCCCAUGCCCUGAGACCCAGACUCGGGCCAAUAAACAGUUUGGUUUC